AUGGCCUCGCAUGCCGCCGCCGCCCCUCCUACCGACAUCCACAUCGUCACCCUCAACUGCUGGGGCCUCAAGUUCAUCUCGAAGCAGCGGCCCCAGCGCCUCGCCGAGAUUGCCCGCCGCCUCGCCGUCGCCGACCCCGCCCCGCACAUCGUCGCCCUGCAAGAGUGCUUCGUCCACGAUGACUACCUCGCCAUCCGUCGCGCCACGCGCCACGUCCUGCCCCACGGCAAGUUCUACUUUGCCGGGCCCUUCGGCGCCGGCCUCGCCCUCCUCUCGCGCUGGCCCAUAGAGGAGGCCGCCACGCUGCCCUACCCCCUCAACGGCCGGCCCACGGCCUUCUGGCGCGGCGACUGGUACGUCGGCAAGGGCGUCGCCUGUGCCACCCUGCGCUGCGACGACGACGCUGAGCCCGGCUCCGACGCCGCGUCCGACGCCAACGCCGGAGCCAGCCCGCCCCGCCGCAUCCACGUCUUCAACACGCACACCCACGCCCCCUACAACGACACGUACACGGCCCACCGCCUCGCCCAGUCGUGGUACCUCGCCUCCCUGCUGCGCCGCGCCCACGCCGCCGCCGAGGCCUCGCCCGCCGCCGACCUCGUCCUCGCCCUCGGCGACUUCAACAUGCGGCCCACCUCCCUCCAGCACCGCAUCCUCACCGCCCGCGCCCCCGUCCGCGACGCCUGGCGCCUCCUCCACCCCGACAGCGCCCUCGGCCACGCCACCGACCCCCUCGAGAAGCCGCGCCGCCGCCCCGUCCCCGGCGCCCUCUUCAACCUCGACGAGAACGGCGCCACCUCCGACUCGGCCUACAGCACCUGGCGCUGGCCCGCCCGCGACCAGCGCGCCCUCGCCCGUGCCCGUGCCGACCGGCCCCGCCGCGUCGUCGCCCCCGACGACCCCGACCCCACCGGCAAGCGCCUCGACUACAUCUUCCUCUCGUCGCCGCCCGCCUCCGCCUCGCCCUCUACCCCGGCCUGGGUCGUCAAGUCCGCCGCCGUCGGCAUGCGCGCCCCGCACCCAGACCUUCACUGCUCCCUGAGCGACCACUUCUCCGUCGAGGCGACCCUGACCCUGCACAGCCCCUCCUCUUCCGGUCUCCGAUCCCCCCUCGACGCCCAACUGGCCCCGGCCCCGGCCCCGCCAGCCGCCGCCCAAGACGCCCUGCCCCUCUCGCAGGACGAAUACGACGCCCUCCUCGCCGAGAUAGCCGCCUACCGCCGCCGCGAGCGCGCCCAGCGCACCCGCCGCGCCCGCACCGCCCUAGCCCUGCUCGCCCUCUGGCUCGCCGCCCUCGUCGCCGUCUGGUUCGUGCCCGAUGCCGCCGGCAACGGCCGCCCGAAAAGCCGCUGGCCCGCCUUCCUACUGCUGCUCGUCGGGAGCCUCGCCCUCGCCGCCUCGGUCGUCGAGGGCCUGCUGGCCCUGCUCUUCUUCCCCGCCGAGCUGCGCGCCCUGCACGAGUUUGAGUGGGAGGUCCUCAAUGCCCGUGCUGCCGCCCUGGGCGACGGCGAGGGGCCCGGCGCUCUCGACGAAGAUGGUCAUCUGGACCUCGUGGACGACAAGUUAUAG